AUGGACUGGGGACGCUCUGCUACUCCCUUAUCACCGACGGUCUCUGAAUCAAAACGACGGACCUUCUGGUGCUGCUUUUGUCUCGAACGCCUGCUAGCCAACGGGCGUGACCGAAUUGUCACGUUUUCCCCCGAUGAUAUCACAACACAAUUCCCGCAAUCUGACGAGAACUUUAUAUAUGGGCACCAAGUCCAGACAUGCACAUUGAAUUGCCCCGACUGGUCAACCGAGGCGCACAAUCACGUCGAAAAGGAGACCAUCAUGGGAUAUACAAUCAGAAUUGUCCAUAUUCUUUCCCAAAUCAUCAGUUGGAAUGGCAGAGGAGGUCGGCAUGUCGACACGAGCUUCCCGUGGCUGACUGGUACGGCCUUUAACAAACUUGAUGAGGAUUUGAAACGGUGGGUAUCUAUAAUACCGGCCUUUUUGAAGUACUCUCCACAGAACGCGUCUGCCAUGAUCGCCCUGGGAAAGGGGAAGCCAUGGUCAAUGAUGUGGAUGGUAUAUUUCCAGGCGAGGGCAUACUUGCAUAGAGAGUAUCUGCCUUUUACGCCUCAAGAAGAGUAUGAUCCAUUUAAAGGCCCGAUUGAUGGACCAGCACUAUCGGUUCCUGCGCCGAAAGAUUUUUGGCACAACUCUGCCGCUGCGAUGAUUGAGAGCGCCAAUGCGAUCUCAAACCUGUACCAGAUCAUGAAAAAGAGAGGAUUAUCAGCUUCUGCAUAUCCAAUCCCCGGGCUCGGGUUGCUCACUGCGGCAAGUGUUCAUGUCGUGUAUUCUAUAUUUUCCUGGGAUACCAUGUGCAAUAUAAUAAGUCCUGAAGAAAGCCGGUCUUAUUUAAAACAGGACAUGGAUGCAUUCAAUGAUAUUGGCCAGCGAUGGUGCCUCGCUAUCCACUGGAUGAGACAAAUCUCGCUAUUUUACAAGCUUAACCUUCUCACCAAGCAGUCGUGGGCAAACAACAACGACAACGACAUAUCUUCUAUGAAUGUGAAGGAGAUAAAGGAUGGCAUCAUGAAUUUCGUCCGCCAGAUUAGUCUCAAAGAUCGCCAGACACGUGAUGUCAACCUCAAGCCAACAUUUGAUUUUGACGGCUGGAUGAGCGCUAUGCAGAGUUCGGUUAGCCAAGAACAGGGAAUGGAGUUGGGCGACCUAGAGAUAGCUGAGACUGGCUCGCUUUCAACGGUAUACGUGGACGAUUUGCAGGUUGAUCUUUUGAACAAUGCCUCUGGGAUGUUCUAUCUCGACGGAUUGGCUGAAAUGGGGUUGAGUGGAGAUGUUGAAUCCCUGGUCGAGGAAUGGGGCCAAUCCGGAUUAGAGUGA